AACGUUCGGCCGACUCUGAUAUUUACCGAUUAUUUAGUUUUCUUUCGGAUUCCGACAAGGAAGCAUCGUAGCUGUCUCUUUCCGGACGUUGUUCAUAUUUCGUCCAUAUCUGUCGCUGAAGUCGCAUAUAUUACGAGCGAAAAGUGGGGAACAGCCUUAAGGUCACGUCAUGAAGAAAUUGAGAGAGUCAUGAUGAUAUCAAAUGAAUUGUACGUUAACAUCGAGUAGAAUCGUUAAAAUUUUUGUAGAAUAUCUCGAAAAUCAUGUAUAAACUUGUGACUGUGUUAUUUUAAUAUAUUUUACCAUGUGUUUUAUAAUCUUCCCAAUAAUAAUAUGACAAUCUGUGAUGUUUGAUUACGAAAUGAUUAAGUUCGUUGCUUUUAUGGAAUUAUAUUGUUGUAAUCAUGUGUGAUAAUGUAAAUAGUAAUCCAUUUGCUGGAUUGUUCUCUACUAUAAACGAUGCUAUAUCGUAUUCAACACGAGCUAUUAAUGCUGAAAACAAUGAUAAAUAUACGAGUCAAUCUACCGAAGAAGAUAACGACAAAGAUAAAAAAUUAUUUACUACCCAAGUAUCUGAAUGUUGUCAAAUACAACCAGAAAUAAUUAAUAAACUUAUGGCAGAUGUAUUUGGUUUGAUGUUAAAAUCGAAAGAAGAAGCACAGGUAGAAAAAGAAUUGGUAUUUAUUGAUACUGAUUCUGUAGAAAAUGCUAUUUUUGAAAGGUUAUUGAUACCCAAUCCAAAGACUAAACUAAUCAUAAACAAAAACUCGAAUGGAACUUAUAUUGAUGGUCAUAUAGUUGACACACAAGUUAUACCUUAUCUUUAUGAAAGUUUUUGUCGUUUGAGAAAAUAUCGAGCAAAUCAAGGAUUUUCCAAUGAUAUUAAUAAUUUACAACAUAUCAUUUUAAGAAAUGUUGCUACAGCUUUGCAAGAACCAGGUUUAUUUGAGGGUCAAGAGAUUCAUUAUCAAUUUAUUGCUUUGUUCAUGGAAGAUAUUUCAAUAACACCUGAACUAUCUGUAUUUACUAAUGGUAUAGUAACAGAAAUAUGCUCUGGGAAUGAAGAUACAUGGGAGGACAUUAUUAAUAUAUCUUUUAGUCCUAUUCUUGCUAUUAUUCACAAAGAAGCGGCUCAAAGCAAUCUCCUAAUAUUUCGUCAAUAUUGGUUUAGUCUUCUUUAUCUUUUUUCUUCUAUCGAACCUUUAGCAAAAUUACUUAUACAAUACAGUAAACCAAAGUCUAAUCAAGGUCGAGAUUAUUCAAAUACAUUAUUAGGUGCAUUGUUUCGUUUGAGUUGUUUGCCAGAAACAAUUGACGCACAAUUUGAUUUUUUUGAUAAACCAUUUGAGAAGCCUACCGAUACAAUCAAGGCUAAUAUAUGGACAGCAUUAGACGCAUUAAGUGAAUCUUUACAACGUAUUUUCCAUUCCUUAUUGAAAUGUUCUACAGAAGUUCGUCAUAUGACAUUACAAUGGAUAGGAAAUUGCCUUCAUGCAAAUGCAAAUAGAGGAAAACUUUGGAAUUCUCAUAAUGAUAUUAACUUCGGUGCAUCAUUAUGCGUAUCAGAUGGAUUUAUGCUGAAUUUGGGGGGUAUGUUAUUGCAUCUCUGUCAACCAUUUUGUGUUAAAUUAAAAGACACAAAAGUUCCUAAGAUUGAUCCAACAUAUUGUGCAGUGGAGGCUGCUGAUGAAAAUGAAAGUCGUAUUCGCGGUUUACAUAUGAAAGGAAUGACUCAAGAAACUUGUUUAAUACCAACACCAGAAGAUCAUGUAAAACCAAUAGCAAAAUCUUUUAGUUUUGUAACGGAGUGUUUCUUUUUAACACAUCUUGCGCUAGAUCUUGGAUAUAGAGUUGUUUUAGAUAAACUAAUGAGAUCAGAACAAGACUUGGCUAGUAUUCAACGAGUUUUUAACGAUUCGCGUAACGGUGGUAGUUCAGAAGUUAUUGAAAUUAUUACUCAACGAUUGGAAAUGGAAAUGACGAAGUACUUGUCUUUAAAAGCUAGUUUAUUAGCUCCUGAAAUGUUGAAUCUUUUAGCCAAAUUUCAUGCAACAACAGCACAGUGGUUAAUACAAGUAAAUUUAAAUGAGAUAGAUGAAGAAGAUGAUAAUGAUGAUUAUGCACCAAAGAAAUAUAGACCCCUUACAUUCCCUUUGUCAGAAGUAGUUCCAAUUACUUUAAGGUGCAUUCCUGAAUUUGUAGUGGAAAAUACAAUUGGAUUUUUAUGUUUUUUACGAAGAUUCAAUCCUUAUACUUUCGAAGAACAAGGAGAAAGCUUAUUGAAUCCAAUAUUGACAGAAAUAAUAGUGUUAAUGGAUCAACAUCGUCUUUAUAAUCCUCAUUUACGUGCACGAUUAGCUGAAGGAUUAGGUUCACUUUUACCUACUACAGAGGAAGGUAUUAAUCCAGGAUUAGGUCCUCUAAGAACAUUCCACAGGCAACAAUUAUUUAAAACACAUCCAUAUGCUGAUCAAAUAGUUGCUCAUUUACUUCAAGUAUUUGUUAGUAUUGAAAUGACUGGGCAAAGUGUACAAUUUGAACAAAAGUUCAAUUAUCGUCGACCUAUGUAUAUCGUUAUGCAAUAUUUGUGGAAACUACCUGAACACCGUAAUAACUUCGUUACUUUAGCUCAAGAUGCCGAAGCCAAUAUGGAAGCUGUACAUCCACCCUUGUUUUUAUGUUUUAUCAAUCUUUUGAUGAAUGAUGCUGUUUUUUUGUUAGACGAAGCUCUUUCUAAUAUGGCACAAUUAAGGCAAAUGAUUCAAGCAAGGGAAAAUGGAGAAUGGGAUAAAUUACCUCAACACGAACGUGUUCAACAAGCAAAUUACCUUCAACACGUAGGAACGAUUGCUCAAUUUGAUAAUAUCUUAGGUAGAAAAACUAUACAGACGAUAAAAAUGUUGACGUCUGAAAUAAAAUCGAUUUUUUGUCAUCCAACGAUGGUAGAUCGAAUAGCUUCAAUGCUUAAUUAUUUAUUGUUGCAAUUAGUUGGACCCAAUAAAAAAAAUCUUAAGGUCAAUGAUCAAAAAGAAUAUGCAUUCGAUCCAGCGAAUUUGGUGUUAGAUAUAUGUGAAAUCUAUGUUAAUUUAAGUGAAAAUAAGUCAUUUACAUUGGCUGUAUCUCAAGAUGGUCGUUCUUAUAGUACUGAUCUUUUCAAAUUAGCAGAUAAUGUACUUGUUCGCAUAGGAGGUUUAGAUAUACUAGGAGAUUUAAAUCAAUUUGCCAAAAAUGUAGAAAAAGCUGCAAAUCAAAAGAAAGAAGAAGAUGAAAUUCUAACGGAAGCUCCAGAAGAAUUUCUUGAUCCUAUUAUGUCAACACUUAUGGUCGAUCCUGUUAUUUUACCUUCAUCAAAAAUAACUAUUGAUCGACAAACUAUUGCUAGGCACUUAUUGAGUGAUCAGACUGAUCCUUUUAAUCGCUCUCCUCUUACUAUGGAUAUGGUAAAAUCGAAUACAGAACUAAGAAAUAAAAUACAAGAAUGGAUAACGAAAAAAAAAGAAGAAAUAUCAUUUAAAAUUUAAUGAUGUUAUUUUCUUAGAAUAAAAAUGUACAAAUAUAUUACUUUUCUCUGUGUGUAAUAUUUGAGAUAAAGUCAAUGUAUAGCUUUAUAUAUAAGUAAUAGAAAUAUAUAUAAACAUAUAAAUUUAUCCAUACUAUUUUACAGACUAUUUUGGCUCUUAAUUGUGUGUAUAUACACACACACACACACAUCAGAGGAGGGAAGAGGUUUUUUAUUACAUAAGUAAAUGUAUAACACUUUAUAAAAUAAAUUUUUUGAACGUCA